AUGCCUUGCCACAAACAAUGCUGGACAACGAUAAAUGCUUGCCUCCAGACUGCAUCAUGGCCACACUUAAGUGACAAUCCUUUUGAUGUGGCACAUGCUAUAGGUCAAUGCUUCCCCACUAUCCGUAUCUUACAACGUUUUCAAGAUAGAGCUGCUCUCUACAUGUUGAUAUGCAGCCAACAAAGAAGACUAAAAUAUUAUCUUUCAUUAAUGUCAUUGCAAGAUAGUGUUUCUAUGCUAAUAACAACAUGUUUAUACAGUCAGCAUUGUGGUCGUGACAUGAUCCUUUGGUCAUGUACAUCUGCACUGCUGGCAGUCUUACAGAUUAUCAUCUCUGUGGCAGCCCCAGCUUGCUCUUCAGAAAUGCAAAAUCAGUUGCCCAGCUCACUUCACAAUGGUAUGAUGAAUUAUUUGAGUGAUCUUGAGUGGAAGCAAGUAUUGGAUAGUUUGCAGCAAGGAUUGUGUUGCUGUGGCGCUAACAAAUAUGCAGAUUGGCUCCACACACCAUGGAUACAUGUUGAUUUUCUGCGUGAAAACUCGCAUACUGUUCUAAGAUACAUGAGAGUGGAUGGUCGUGCUCUACCACCUGUGCUACCAUGGUCAUGCUGCAAUCCGUUUUCUCCCACACCAUGUCUCCAUGAUCCCUUGCAGCAGCAGCGACAGCAAUUGACACAGUAUUUGACAAAGGCUGUCUUGAUCUUAUUUUGCAGCCAAUGGUUGCAUUACUUACUGCCAUACCAAUUGUCAAUGGCUGCUGUAUUGCCCUCCAGGUCAGAGUUUAUUUCAGGCAUCGUGCUGCGAUACAUUUACACUUCAGCAAGGAACAGUGUUUUAGUUGGAGAUCCAGGUGGUAAAGCUUAUGGAUGGAUAUUUGGCAGAGGAGAUUGCCGUUUUGCCCUAGGGUCAAGUUUACUGGAAAUUGAUAAGAAAAGAGCUGCAAAGCAGAAACCCUCAGGAGACAGUGGUCAAGAAAGUAAGGAGAUUGGUCCAAGACGGCAUGAAUGAAAGAAAUUCUUCUGAAG